UGUUAACCCAACUAGAGCGUUUAUAUCAACAUGUCAGCGACACGGCGUCUUCAGAAGGAACUCGGUGAUCUCAAAAACUGUGGAGUGAAGGCGUACGAGAAUGUUGAGUGCGAGGAGACAAAUCUCUUGAAAUGGACAGUUCUCCUUAUCCCAGAUAAGGAGCCAUACAACAAAGGUGCGUUCAAAGUUGGAAUCACGUUCCCCGUUGACUACCCAUUCAAGCCACCAAAGGUCGCGUUCGAGACCAAGAUUUACCAUCCAAAUGUUGAUGAGGAAGGAAAGUUCUGUCUUCCAAUUGUGACAGCUGAAAACUGGAAGCCAGCUACCAAGACCGAGCAAGUGAUGAUGGCCUUGCUGUCACUGAUCAACGAACCAGAACCAUCCCAUCCAAUUCGUGCCGACGUUGCCGAGGAGUUCCAAAAGGAUCACAAAAAGUUCAUGAAGACCGCCGAGGAGCACACUCGAAAGCACGCCGAAAAGCGGCCUGAAUAGGCGCCAAGAGCUCAGAUCUAAAUUCGUUCGAUUUCGAGUUCAUCUUAUGUUUCUUUUCUGUAUUUAUCAUAUUCUCGUUUUCACCGUCCCAAUCAUUCAAUCCACUUCAAUUUCAUCCAAUUCCAACCUGAUUUCCCACAUCCAAAGCAAGAACUGAAAUAAAUCCUGAACCGGGUCUGGU